AUGAAGGAUACAAAGUAUGUCCUUAUAACAGGAUGCAGUGAAAGAGGGAUAGGAAAUGCAUUGGCAAUUGAGUUUCACAAACAAGGUUUCAAGGUCUUUGCUACUUCGCGCAAACUUGAAACCAUGCGCAAUCUCGAGGAGAUGGGUAUUCGUACCAUUCUAAUGGAUGUUACAGAUACGACGUCAGUUUGUGAAGCAGAGAAAGUAGUGCGAAGUGAAACGGGAGGGAAAUUAGACUAUCUGAUCAACAACGCUGGAAUCUCUAUAGUAGCAGCAGCCAUUGACCUUGAAAUUCCUAAAGUACACAAGCUAAUGGAGGUCAAUUUGUAUGGACCUAUGCGAACGAACACGGCGUUUCAAAAACAGUUAAUUCGGGCCAAAGGAACCAUUGUGCACACGAAUUCACUUGUUUCCUAUGUACCAUUCGUGUUUAGUUCUUCUUAUAAUGCGUCCAAGGCAGCCUUGUUAUCCUAUGCCAACACCCUCCGCGUUGAACUAGCUCCUUUCGGAGUGCAAGUGACGAGCGUUAUGACAGGAUUAAUCUCAACGGGUAUCUUUGAGAAAGAGGAUUCAAGUUUAGACGAGAAUACCUUUUCAGAAAACUCAAUAUACUAUCCGUACAGAGACCAACUUUUGUCUGCUGACAGGCCGGCGGACAAAGCUACUGUAACGCCGAAACAGUAUGCAGAAGAAGUAUAUGGGAAGGUGGUGGCGAGGGGCCAUUGGUACCAACUGUUUAGGAAAGGAGUUCUUCCUGCUCAGCUCUGGGCAGGCCAACAUUCUCAGACUGUUCGUAUGGCGUCUUUCUUUCCCGUGGAGGUAUUUACUCCAAUUUUGAGUCUUGCUGCGAAAUUACCAGCCGAAGCCUCUGUCGAUCUCGAUUAA